AUGUCAUCACUUGCCAAGCAACUUGAACUAUUUCAAUUGCAACUUUUUCGUUACGAACUUCCAUUCAUUCUCGGAAUCGGUAUCAUCGGCAACUUCAUUAAUAUAAUCAUAUUUGGAAGACGUACACUACGAAAAAAUAUGUGUUCAUGGUAUUUUAUUUGUUUAGCGGUGGCUCAUUUAUUCUUGCUUACUUUCUCUUGUCUACCAAGAAUCAUAUCUGCUUUAACUGGCUUCGAUUUGUUAGGUCGAUCUCUUACUUUUUGCAAGUUUCGUGCAUAUGCAAUAGGUGCAAGUCUAGCGCUUGCACGGCAUUUUCUUUGUUUAAUUGCAAUCGAUCGAUGGCUCAUUACUUCAUCAAGUUUAGAGACUCGUAAUCAGAGUUCACCUCGUAUAACUCGAAGAGUGAUUGUUGGCAGUUUUAUCUUUUGGUCUCUAUUUAAUAUUCAUGUACCAAUCAAAUAUGACAUUGGUCGCUUAGGCUGUUCACCACCAUUAGGUACUAGUUAUGAACUUGUCUAUUCAAUAUAUAAUAUUACCGCAUCAAUGGUACCUAUGUUUAUCAUGAGCCUAUUUACUAUACUGGCUGUACGCAAUCUACGUUUACGAAUGAGAAAUAGAAUUCAACCUCAACCGAUUACAACUGGUUCAGGCGCCACUCCAAUGACAAAGUCAUCAAAUGUUACUACUCAACAGCUUCGAUAA